AUGAUCAGCAGCCGUUUAUUUGCGCGUGUCUUGCAACAGGUGCCCCGUCAGUACUCAAGGCCCAAGUACUUGCCGGUGGGCGAGGCAAGGGAAAGUUCAAUAGUGACAACAAAGGAGGAGUUCGCAUCGUUAAAUCGUAAGUUUGGAAACCAUACAUUUCCAACUGCUUCACUUUCUGAUUGCCCCUCCAGUCCCAAGGAAGCAUUGGACAAUGCCAGUAAUAUGCUUGGAUAUUACCUCACAACGAAACAAACACCAUCGGGCGGUCUGCUAGUGAACAAAUUGUAUAUCUACAAGGCGGUCGAUAUCGCAAAGGAGUUCUACCUUGCCGUGACUUUUGACCGCGAAUGGUACAGCCCAGUUCUUCUAAUCUCUGGUGAUGGAGGAGUCAACAUCGAAUCCAACACGGACAAUUUGCAUCGAUUCUGGUUCCGGCUCUCCGAAGGAGUCACUCCUGAGAUUAUCGCUAGCAUCCAGACCCUCCUGCACUUCAACUUCCAUGAGAUGGACAUCCUACGGCCGCUAAUCUACCAGAUGGCAGCCCUUUUUCAAGAAAAAGACGCUACUCUAAUCGAGCUGAACCCGCUCGUUCAGACUGCGGAAGGAGACUUUGUCUGCCUAGACGCCAAGUUCCACUUUGACAACGCGGCUAAAUUCAGGCAGAAUGAGAUAUUCAGUCUUGCGGAGCGGUCUCCAGAAGAGGAGGAGGAACAUGAUGCAGCUAGGCUGGGUCUCUCCUAUGUUCGGCUGGAUGGCAAUAUCGGGAAUAUUGUCAAUGGUGCAGGUCUGGCGAUGGCGACGAACGACCUCAUUAGCAUCUAUGGAGGAAAGUGUGCGAAUUUCUUGGAUAUUGGAGGGGUGCUACUCAGAAGACGCUUUCAAAGGCGUUUGAGAUUUUGA